AUGGAUGAGUCUAAUAUACAAAGGAAAUCACUGCCCGUGGAAAAUAGCUGCUCAUUGAUAACCAAAUUGAAUAAUUCUGUUUGUACUAAUACCAGUUCUUAUGAAGAAACUUCCCCUGAAAACUGCUCAGUAGAUCAUGAAGCAGAUUUGAAGCACUCCAGAGAGGGUAGAGGGGGUGAGGAGCUGUCAGCUGAACUCUCGGUUGCUCUUCAACGUUGUCUCUUGGGCGGUAAAAGUGGAUCUGGUGCUGGAAUUGAUCUCUCCUCUCUGGUAGUUGUGGAAGGAAAGAUCUGUUGGGAUCUUUACAUCAACGGCCUUGUUGUUAGUUCAGAUGGGAAUCUGCUAGAUGCCCUAGGUACUGCUAUAAAGUAUUAUGUGGCCAAAGAAAAGUCCAGUGGCAUGACUUAUCUUUUAAAGAAACUGAUGUUCCCAAAGGCUGCUUUGAGCAAUACAGGCAUCCCAAAAGUAAAUGUUGCAGCUGGUGCAUCAGGUGAUGAGCAACCAGAGGUUGACAUGCCACUUCAGAAGAGGAAUCACAAAUGUGCUUGGCUGUUUUCUAUUUCCAUCAAUAGGCAAGGCCGCAUUUGUGGGUUGACAAAACGGGGAGGUGCCGGCCUAGAUCCAAGCAUCAUUCUUGACAUGAUAUCUGUGGCAAAAACAGUAAGUGAGCAGCUGAUAAACACAUUGGAUUCUCAUAUAGCUGCUGCUGAAGCUGGCGAAGAGGAGUCGUGA